GGAGAACUGUCUUCAUAGGUGAAUUAGUGUUCCAAAGAAAACUGGGGAGAAAAGAAGAUUAGAGAAAAGCAAAUGCCUUGCUGAUCUUCAAGAAAGGGAAGAAAAGUGAUCCUGGAAGUUACUACCUAAGAUGGCUGCUGUUUGGAAAAAAAUAACUGUCGUGGGAGAUGUUGCCUGUGGCAAGACAUGCCUCCUGCUUGCCUUCUGCAAGGAACAGUUUCCCAAAUGCUAUGAGCCAACAGUGUUUGAAACCUAUGUCAAUGACACCGAGGUUGAUGGGAAGUCGAUGAAGCUGAUGCUCUUUGAUGUAGCAGGGCAGCGCCAAGGUAAUUAUCAGCACUUCCGUUCGUUGUUCUAUAAAGGCACAAAUGUCAUCUUAAUGUGCUUCUCAGUGGACAGGCCAAAUUCACUGCAGAACAUCCUUGACAUUUGGAUUCCAGAGGUCAGACUGUUCUGCCCCACAGCUCCCAUUGUUCUGGUGGCUACCAAGAAAGAACUGAGGAACGAUGAGGGUGUGCUGGAAAGACUUGCUAAACUGGAACAAGAGCCAAUAAAGACGGCAGAAGGAAAGGCCUUGGCUGCUAGCAUUGGGGCAUAUGCCUAUCUGGAGUGCUCUGCAAAGACGAAAGAUGGCAUUGAGAGAGUCUUACAGAUUAUUGGUCAAGCUGCAAUACGAGAUGGAAAGAAGAGAAGAAAGCAUCGGAUGUGCUUCAGAUUGUUCACUUGUGGACAGAAGCAAUGAAGUAAAAAGAAUGCCAGAGAUGCGGCCAACAGUUGAGAGAAAUUUUCUACCUAGGGUGAGAUGGGGACAUCCCACCAGCAGCAGUGGUGAGUCUCCAGAAGCCAGAAUGAGAUGUAGUUGAACUUGGACGCAUUAAUACACACCUUUAUUUCAAGGACGGAUAUUAAGAGCAUUGCUGGCUGUCCUGGAAAAGAGAUUUGAAUUCUGGUUAUAGAUGCAAAGAUGGCUGGUAAAUAACAUGACCAGCAUUUAUUAAAGACAUACUCUACAGAUCAGAAGGUGGAUAAAAAAAAACAAUCCUGGAGUGAAUAAUCUUAGGAUCCUGGUAUCAAGGGACAAGGAACUAAUUUAUUGAGCCUAGCUCAUCAUACAGAAGGACAACAUCCUUUGGUAUCUUUCUCAAUGUCAGUUCCAUCAUUGAAGCAUCUUGGUUAUUGUCCCACUGGAGAAACAAAAUCAGAGUAACCAAAAUCUUCAUCCUGAUAUUUUAACAGAAUAGCAAAUCCAAAAGAAAGAUAAUUAAGUUCCAGCUGCAUUAAACAUUUUCUUACCCAUUCUUCCAAACUGAUAAGAAUUCCGCUGGCGGUAGCACUAAAGUCCGAGUGUAGAUUAGGCAUUGGUUGUUGUACCACCAUGGCUAUGAGUAGAGUCUCCUUCCUCCCUGUAGUUGCUACUAGUGGUCCUUCUUGAAGUGAGGUAGGUGCUAAUAAUUUGGCUUCCACUCUGUUCUUCCAGUACAUGCACCAACUGAUCUUCAGCAGGAGCCAGCUAUUCAUCCCCUGACUAUUUCUUCAGUCUGUCUCUGGAUGGGUGUAGUCCCCAGCAGGUUUGUCUGUGGACGCAGUUUGUCGGCCCCUGGAUCCUGUUUUUAUUUCAUUUAUUAUUUAGGUUUCAGAGUAACAGCCGUGUUAGUCUGUAUUCGCAAAAAGAAAAGGAGUACUUGUGGCACCUUAGAGACUAACCAAUUUA